AAAAAAAAAGCAAAAUUUUCGCAUAGAUUAUUUUAUAUAUAGAACAAUAUAGUUGUUGUCUAUUUGAAUACAAAGUAAGAAUAGAUAAUGGUAGUGUAUAUUUAUGUUUUAUUGUUCUUAGAGUUUAUUAUUUUAUAAGAAAAAUAAAUAUGUAUUCUUUCUAUCAUUAUUCAUCUGAUAUAUUUAUAUCACGAACGAAAAAUUUUAUUAUUACUCUAUUGCAGUUAUUAUCUUACGAAAAAAAAAAAAAAGUAAUAUUACUAGUGAGAAAGAAGAGAAUUAUAAUACUAUGGUUAUUGUUGUAGAAAGGAAAUCAUUGAUGAUUAUAUAGCUAUUGUUAAAGUAUAUUUUUAUAAAUUUCUAUUAUUAUUCUAUGAUAUAUGUCGAAAGAAUUUGACCUAUUUAUUUCUGACGUUCUAUAAUACUUACACACAGAUAUAUUUUUCUCAUGAGAGAACAUUUUCUUACUAAAAACUAUUGAGUUAUAGGUUAUCGAUCAUGUUCUGAUUUCGAAUAUGACUAUAAGAAAUUUCCUAUAGGUAUUUAUAUAACUGGUUUUCUAGAUUAAUAAAUAUUUUGCCCAAAUAUCGAUUUUAAUCUUAUCUUUUCUGUUUUCAAAAACAUGAAUUUUAAAUAAAAUCAUAUUGAAGCAUAUCUUUUGUAUGAAUUAACAUGGUUGUAUUUUUUGAGGGAAAAAAAAGAACGAUUUGAAACAGAAAAAAUUAUCGUUUUCUAUGCAAUUCGAUAUGCUCUAUAAUCUGAACAGAUCGAGAAGUUUGUUAGACUAGAAAAUUAGCAUGAUUCGUAAUGGACAAUCCAUGAACUUUUCGGAUCUCUCUUUGUUCACGUAUUUUAAAUAGUUUUAAAUUAAUUAAUAAGUUUGUGAAACUGACAUUAUAUUUUUCGAACAAAAGUAUAGUGAGUAUAAGUUUUAGAUCAAGGUUUUGCGACUUUCCUCUCAUAGUAACAUAAAGAUGAGAGAACGAUCAUUGGGUACAUUUCCAUUAGACGCCGAAGUCAAUAGGCAUCAGUCUCCUUUCCCCCAAUGUCUCUUUGGAACAGAAGAAAAGCGAAAAUAACAAGAUUUAAACUAUUCUAGAACAUUCCAAAUGUCUGAAAUACAUUUGUGAAUGUUCUAAAUAGUGUAAUGUUUUAUAUUUUUGCACAUAAAAACUUCUAUUCAACAUGUUAAGGAUGAUACAUUGAUAUGUCACAAUUGUCAUAUGAUCAACAUACAGAAGUAUGAACUCAUUAAGUUAUAAAUCAAUAUCAUUGUUUGUAAGCUUAUCGAAAUAAAUAAUAGUGUGUUGAGAUCUACUAUCGAUAUUGUACAAUAGGUGAAUUUGUUCAGUUAAAUCGAUGUUAAAUUUAAAAAAAGAAAACGACGAGUAAAUAGACAAAUAAAAAAAAGCCUAAUUACUAUUUGUAAAUAAGACAGAUUGUUUCUCUAACGAUCGAUUAUACUUGGAAAACAACUAUAGGUUUUUAGAGAUUUUUCAAUUGAUAUAUUUUAUGACUAAAGACCUGCGCUGAUAAGUUUUUUAUUAAAUUUAAAAAAAUAUUAAUUCAAUUCUCUUUUUCUUUCUUCUUUUUUCAAGAAUAUCCAACAAGAAGAUCCUUUCGAAAACGAGAUGAUUUUGGUAUUGUUCAUAUAGCUAAAGAAACAACACCAAUAGAAUUAGAUAAUGAAAUAUCAUCAACUAAACCCUCAUCUGUUAUGGAUGCAAUUGUCCAAGAAAUGCCUAUUUCACCAAUUAAACUUGAUUCUAAUAAAUUAGAUGAAGAUUUACAACAACAACAACAACAACAACAAUCUACAAUUAUAACAACUGAAGAACCACCUCAAACACUUGAUGAUACUUCGCCUACACGUACUAAUUUACCAUCUCAAACAGUAACACCUGUAGGUGAACGUUUAAUAAAAUCCAAAAUCAUACCCGAACAAGCACGUGCAUUAGCACAUGCACUUAAACAUGCUGUUGUUAAACCAUUAAAAAAAACUAUAGCAACAAAAAAAAUGAAAUCUCUUGAUAUUAAUACAAAUGAAUCACCAAUCACACAAUCAUUAACAAAUCGAUCAUCAAUAAUUAGUGAAAAUUCUGAUAAUAUUGUAAAUGAAACAUCUGUUGAUUCAUAUGAAUCAAUAAAUCCUUUAGCAUUAACACCACCACCAGCUAAACCACCACGUCAUAAUGAUGAAUCUGGUUCAUCAUCAUCUAUAGAAAUAAAUUCACCACCAAUAAAACCGCCUAGACAUUUUUCAUUAUCGAGUAAUAAUAAUAAUGAUGAUGAUGGUCUAAUACAACAAACAGAUAAUGUUGUUAAAAAAGUUUUAAAUCUUGUUGAUACAUUUGGUAUCAUAUCAGAUAAUGAUCAUAAUAUGAAUAUUUUACGACAAACAUCAUCAUCAUCAUCACAAAUCAAUGCACAGCAACAACAACAACAACAACAACAACCAACAAAUAUUGUUGAAUAUGAAAAUGAAAAUUUAAAUAAUUUUCAUACAAUUAAUACAUUUACUGUUGAUCCAACAAGAGUAAUUUUACAAACAGAUUCAUCAUUAAAAACAAAAUCAUUUGAUGAAUCUACAAUAAAAAAAUCAUUAUUUCCAAUUUUAUCAUCAUCAAAUGAUAAUCAAACUCCUAUUGAAAUAACACAAAUAGCAAACAAUUUAACAGAUAAUAUUUUUGAAGAUAUUGAAAAAAAAUUUGAAAAACAAAAUCAAUCAAAUAAUUUUAAUAUAAUUAUAAAUAAUAAUCGACAAAAUUUACUAGAUAAAUUAUCAAUGCAAUCAUCUAAUAAUAUAUUUCGUCAUAAUACACCAUUAUUACCACAAUCACUAGCAUUAACACAUCCAGCAUCAAUUCAAUCGACAACUCGUCCUCUAAUGUUUGUUUCACAUGAACCAAGUUAUAAUAUAACAAAAACAAUUUCACCAUUACUUGAUAUUGUUACAACAAAAUCAAUACCAAAAAUAACAACAUCAGUUACAGUUGUAAGUCCACCUCAACCAGAAAUUUCAUCAAUAAUAACAACAAAUAUAAAUUCUGAUGAUGAAGAACAAUUAAAUAGUUCUUCAACAUUAAUACCAAAUAGUAGUAUAGCUUCAGAUCGUUCGAAAUUUUUACUAACUAGUAGUAAAGAAAGUAGUAUAGAUUCAAAUGAUACAAAUCUAUCUGAUAAUGCUAUAUCACAACAAUUAAAUACAGGUAGUGCAACACCAGCACGUUCAUUGCUGUCUGAUUAUGAUAAUUUACAUGGUUCAUACGGAAGUUUAAAUGACGACACUCAACAACCAUUAUCAUCUCUUCCUUCAGCUUCUUCAGCAUCAUCUGAAGCAAUAUCGUCUAUGCCGACAUCUAGUACUACUACUACUAUUGCUGCUGCUGCUGUCGUUCCUACAAUAUCGAUGUCAACAAUAAAUGAAAGUUUCGAAAGUUUACCAUCAUUAUCUACUGAAACAUAUGUAACCGCUAUGAAUACAUUGACGAAUAAUACACCAAGUGGUUCAACAAUACUAACACAACGUAUAAAUUCCUAUAUAAGUGAUGAAGAUCUUGUUGAAUCACAUGAUAUUGAAACACCAACCCUAACAUCUAUUAAUCCAUUUCGAUUUUAUAAAGCAUCGCCGCCUAUAAUCGAAGUUGUUGAAGACAAUAGUGAACCUGUUGAUGAAGAUGAUAUGUCAUUUUUAAAUGAUGUUCUUGAACAAUACAAUCAGAAUCUUUAUCUACAAGAUACUCACGGAAAAAAUAUUAGUGAUACAGAACAAAUAUCAACUGAUGUGAAUAAAGAAGUUUAA